AUGGUAGACAGUCAACAACAAAUAGGGCUCGACGACCCGUUCUGGCAUCUCGUGCCCUCGAUUACCAAUCUACCAUUCUCUAUGAGCCUGCCGCUCAACGUCGGCCCACCACCUUUUCAGUCCAAGAAUGCCCGGAUCCGAUACGUUCUUUGCAUCUCAUUGCUCAUCCGCGACCAAGGUAAACAAUAUAUUGUCAGGGUGUCGGAGGAUGUUACGGUGCUGUCUGUUUAUGACCCCGAGAAGGCUCUCAUGUCUCUCCCCAGUCCUCUCACCGCGUCCGACGAGUGGCUGAAGCCUCGCGAUGCCACCCUUGAGAUCGUUCGGCUGACAGCCGGCUUACACCGACAAGUGUGGGUUAGCGGGACCAGCAUAUACGUCGAUGUGCACAUUGCCAACAAUAGCCGGAAGACAAUUAGAAAGAUUGAGUUACAUCUGGAGCGAGACAUUCUCUGUUACAAACAUGCAGCCGCAUGUACGAUGGAGAAGUCAGCAAGCCAGGCUCGUAUAUUUGACAGCAAUGAAAAGUCUAUCCUCAGCAAAUCCGUUAUCAAACAAGGUGCGGCCGGUUGGCACGGAGUUCCUGCCCAUAACUCGCAUGUACGAACGUGCGACCUUGAGGUACCGCGCGGACACGCCACCGUGAAGUGUGGGAAAUAUUUCGAAGUUCGUUACUUUCUCAAUGUCAUCGUGGGAACCUCUCAUACAAAGCUCGUCACGAACUCACUUGAUGUUGUACCCAAUUCGGUGGCACAGGUUGCCGCGGCCAUCGAAGAAAAGCGUACUGCACACACCUAUCAACGUGGUCAUUCACCACCUCGCCUUGGUCGUCGUCCGUCCCGUUCUGUACAGGGUCGUGCUUUCGCUGCACCGCGCAUGCAAUCACUCGAUCGCAUGCGCGCUCAAGUCGAAGAGAUACAGGACCUGGGUAAGAUCCUCGACCAAAGUCCUCGCAAAUACAGCUUGCGCAAAGUAAACUCCCAUUUUGACUACCACACGCCCCCGAGCAAUAGAAAAGGUAAGAUCUUGGGCGACGGCGACGUGGCAGACUUGCAAAGUCGCCUCAGGAAAGUCCGAUCGAACGAAACGCUUGGCUCGAGAGCCAAUACCAUGUUCAGGGCCAACUCUACCAGUUCGAGACGAGGCAAUCGUUCUGCGCUGGGCUUCCGCGAGGCGGAGGUACGAGAGGACAUAGAGCUUAGAGGGCUGGGUCCUUCGGGAGAGACAUCUUUCAAGCAGCGUCUCGAGCACAGUCGCGGGAGACAAUACAGUUUUACGAAGAAGCGGAGCGUGGAGCGGUGGAAGGGCGUGGCGAAUGCGGGAGUAGGAUGGUUCAAGGGGAACCCAGGAGGGAAAGAAGAUAGGCAACGCGAUGAGUGGUUCUGA